AUGACGACUGCAAAGGAGACCCAAGCGACACUGCCCCUACGAUGGCAGCGCUGCAUCAACAGACUGAACGCCACGUUAGUCCGCCGCGGCUUGUUCACAGUCAUAGAGGAAGUGCUCUCUCCUGCUACACCCACAUUCGACCAGGCAAGUCUCCAAGGACACAAAGCUCUGAAUAUCUUUCUCGGGGACCGGAAGCAGAGCGAUGGGAUGUCGGUUUCUGUAUGGGCGUACAUACUCCUCGAUAGCAAUGGAAGUGAACCAUCCAUCUUGUUUCGCGAUGAGGUACCUAUUCACUCCAAUGGUGCAAAUACACUUCGACUAUACCCGCGAUCUGCUUCGUCCUUAUUGCGAAAAGCGAAUCAUCUCAAAUCGCCUUUCUGUCUCCUACAUCAAGAAACAGACGAAGGUGUCAAGGAUGGGCGCGUUAUCGCCUACUACGCGCUGGUAGCAGGGUUGAGCGACUGUGCCAUCCGAUGGCGUCGGUUUGACACCUGUAUGAUUGCCGCCCUCGAUUAUAUCAACAUUACCCUGAAAUGGAUGAGCGAAAUACAGCAUGAGCCGACGCCCAGCACAGCGACAGCCAUGAGACCUUCACUCAUCGUGAAGCUCCUGAUAGGUCGAGAGGCUCUUACAAACAUUACUGGAGUUUCCCACAGCUUCGAAGUUCCAGACAGCGAGGAUGAAGAGGACAUCAUGCCUCCCGAUGAGGACUUCCAAGAGCAGCCAGAUAUCCCAAACGCCACGCACCAACCCGCAGUCCCCUUUCUAGAAGAGGUACCAGACACCAUCGACAGCGUCUUCGGAGACGACGUGGCCGGCGUCGCAGAAGAAGUCGACAGCGUCAUCGGGGAUGCCAACGACAGUAUCAUUGUUGCAAACAGCAGAUCCCAAGUACACGGAAAUGAGAAAGCAUGCCAUCCUUCGUUAACGAUCAGGAAGCGCAAGCUGGAGGAUAUCACGGCAGGGAGUGACGGUGACGUGGUCGAGGAGAUGGAUGGGCACGGUUGGCGGCAAGCUUCUUGGGGCCGAUCGCGAAGGAGGUAG